AUGCUUUCCCAAGGGACACAAGCAAAGGAAUCCACUUCCCGGAUAUUGAACACAUGUUGCCCCAAAGUGACAGGGAUUAUUCAAGCAAACUGACUGCUCACAGAUAAGACAUGAAUCUAGAUCCAGGUAUCCUCUGUUUCAAUCACUGUGGGUGCCAAGUAUUUUGCUUGGAAUUACCAGAAAUUUGUCCAGUUUGUAGAAAGCAUUUGAAUGAGUCAGAGACUAUCGUUCCUUUCAGGGUUCCGUAUCCAUUCGUCAGAGCCAAGCAGUACCCAUGUUCUGUUUUGUUGAAACCAACGAAUGGCGACUUCUUAAAUAACUUCAGAAUAUCUCAAGACCUGCACAUAGGCGUGACCACGUCAAAAGGUAUCGUAAUCGAGUUUGACAACGGGGGAUUACGCAAGGAUAGAACUGAAUCGUGGUCGCAGUGCUUGUUGGUCAACCAAUUAGAGGAUGAUGCAUGGAAGUCACACUGGGAUGACACUCUAGAGGAAAUGGCGCAGCAAAACUGCUGGACUCCUGAAAAGUACAAUGAAGACACAUUCAACUGCUAUACAUUUGUUUUAUUCUUUGUACGGUGUUUGCAUUAUAGUAACAUGAGUUCAGCUGCCGCAAGUAGAGAAAAGUUCUGCUCCACAUUUGUCACUCCUCGUACAAUUAUUGCUUGCAAAUACAUUGCGCUGUAUCGCCAACUGAAAGAUUUUGGUUAUCACGUUGUUCAUGACCCUCGCACUGAUAAAGUAACUGCUCUCUUGUUACCGUCGAAAUGAUCUCUUGUUUUCCCUCUCACUCUCAUUUAAAUGUUUGUAGGUUUUGGAUGCAUUAAUUUGAUAAUAAAAAGAAAUUACUAAUAGAA